AUGCUUACGGAUGAUGCUGUGGUCGCUUACAAGAAGAACCUCCUCUCAGAGACCCAUGGCAAGUCUGUGGAGGAGCUUGAGCGUUUGCUGCAGGACUGGGGUGGUUGCCUUUUCGACUCAUGUCAAAAACACACAGUUGGACAUUUUGAGGACACUGAUGCGGCAAUUGCUGAGCAUCCUGGUGCCCAUGAGCUGGAUUCCUUCGCUAUGAACAUGCUCACUGGUGUGGCCUCGCCUCAACAUGCUCCAAUGCCAUCGCUUGCUGCUUUGGAGAUUGCCCAAGCCAAUGCAGCCCAGGCCAAAGAGGCUGCUUUGCUGGCGCAAAAGGCGGCGCAGGAAGCGGCUGCUGAGCUCCAGACCUUGGACGCCGAAGAUGUGUUCUACUCCCAAAUGCCCACCAUGAACUACGGUGACAGUCUGACACAAACCCUUCAAGAAGAGGUUGCAGAGGAGCUGGACCAGCAAGUGCAAGAGGCAAGGGCUGAGGCAGCAACCAGGUUUGCUGCCGAGGCCUUGAAAGCAAAGAGCGAAGAGGAGGCAAGGCUUGCCGCUGUGGAGAAGGCAAAACAAGAAGAAGUGGCAAGGCUUGCGGCUGAAGCUGCCAAAGCU